AUGCCGUAAUUUUUGCAAAAAUUGGAAAGAUCGUCAAUUAUUUCAAGGAGAUGGGUGAAAAGAUAAAUCUCAUGGCUAAGUCUUGGCAAGGCACUACAACUUGCCUUUCAUCAGUCUGCAACAAAAAUUGGCUAACCAACAACUAUCUGUUAAUAAUGUUUGUAUUAUUGCUUGUUACUUUAUUUGCGGAUCUAUCUACCUACUCUAUUAUUAACUACAUGUAUAUCAAAUCUGAUAAGGAGCCAGAUUUGUUUCUAGUAAUUUUACACGCUUCAAUGUCAUUUUAUUUGGUAUUUUUGCCAGUCUUCCUUAUUUAUAGUUUUGUUUUCAAAUUGAUUUCAUCUAUUCGACCUUCGAUUGACUCAAAAUGGUUUUUGAUUAUUUCUAAAAUAAUUCCAAAUCUCUUUGUUUCAAUCUUACUAAGUUUUCUAUUUAUAAUUAUGAUCUGUUUCUAUUAUGGUUUUUUAAGUCAUAUUUUUGAUGAUAUGGAUGCUAUAAUUAUCUUGAAAAUUUAUUUAUUCUCUUUACAUUGGAUACUAUUUUUUUCUUUUUACUUUUCUACUUAUCUAAUCAACUUUCCUUUAAGGCAGGGUAAUACUUUGGAGGUUUAG